AUGGUGCUCGCACAGUUGGGCGGGAGCAUCUCCCGCGCCCUGCAGCAAAUGAGCAACGCGACGAUCAUCGACGAGAAGGUGCUCAGCGAGUGCCUCAACGAGAUCUCUCGCGCGCUGCUGCAGGCUGAUGUUCAGUUCAAGAUGGUGCGCGAUAUGCAGUCCAAUAUCAAGCGCAUCGUCAAUUUGGAUGACCUCGCGGCUGGCCACAACAAGCGUCGCAUCAUCCAGCAGGCAAUAUUUAAUGAGUUAUGCAAAAUGUUAGAUCCGGGAAAGCCUUCCUUCACACCCAAGAAAGGGAAGACGAGUGUUAUCAUGUUUGUGGGUCUACAAGGUUCUGGAAAAACUACAACCUGUACAAAAUAUGCAUAUUAUCAUCAAAAGAAAGGGUGGAAGCCAGCGUUGGUUUGUGCAGAUACAUUCAGAGCAGGUGCUUUUGAUCAGCUGAAACAAAAUGCUACUAAAGCUAAAAUUCCAUUCUAUGGAAGCUAUACAGAAUCAGAUCCUGUAAAAAUUGCUGUUGAGGGUGUAGAUAGGUUUAAGCAAGAAAACUGUGAUCUUAUUAUUGUAGACACAAGUGGAAGACACAAACAGGAAGCUGCUCUAUUUGAAGAAAUGCGCCAAGUUUCUGAAGCAACGAAACCCGAUCUUGUGAUAUUUGUCAUGGACAGCAGUAUUGGCCAAGCUGCAUUUGAUCAAGCACAAGCAUUCAAGCAAAGUGUUGCAGUGGGAGCUGUGAUUGUUACCAAAAUGGAUGGUCAUGCUAAAGGAGGCGGUGCCCUUAGUGCGGUUGCAGCCACAAAAAGUCCAGUCAUCUUUAUAGGUACUGGAGAGCAUAUGGAUGAAUUCGAAGUUUUUGAUGUCAAACCAUUUGUCAGCCGUCUGUUAGGUAUGGGUGACUGGUCUGGAUUUAUGGAUAAAAUCCAUGAAGUCGUCCCUACUGAUCAACAGCCUGAGCUUCUGCAGAAACUAUCUGAGGGUAGUUUUACUCUACGGCUUAUGUAUGAGCAAUUUCAAAAUAUACUCAAAAUGGGUCCUAUUGGCCAGGUAUUUUCUAUGUUACCUGGAUUUAGUGCAGAAUUGAUGCCCAAGGGUCAUGAGAAGGAAAGCCAGGCUAAGAUCAAAAGGUACAUUCACAUGAUGGAUUCCAUGACAAAUGCAGAGCUCGAUAGUACAAACCCUAAGCUUAUGAAUGAGUCUCGAAUCAUGCGAAUAGCCAGGGGCUCCGGUCGUCCUGUCAGAGACGUUAUGGAUAUGUUUGAAGAGUACAAGCGCCUAGCCAAAAUCUGGAGCAAGAUGAAGGGCCUCAAAAUCCCAAAGAAGGGCGAAAUGAGUGCUUUGUCACGAAACAUGAAUGCGCAGCACAUGAGCAAGGUGCUUCCUCCACAGAUGCUGAAGCAGAUUGGUGGGAUGGGUGGCCUGCAGAGUCUGAUGAAGCAGAUGGGUUCGAAGGACAUGAUGGGUGGUAUGGGUGGUCUAGGUGGUAUGUUCGGAGGAGAUAGGUAAUAUGUCUAGACAUUGAACAACAGUCCUGAGCCGUUUGCGGUAGGAUUGCCAAAAUCUCUGUAACAUCCAAGGAUGCCCCUAUAACCUAUGCUCAAAAUGCUUUCUAAGAUUACCAGCAAGUUCAUCCCAUGGCUAGGCUGAUACACGUAUGUGUUUGAUUGUUGCAGAAAUAUGAUGCAACUAGUCAACCCUUUUUUUUUUCUUCUUGUUUUAACUGUUUAGAUUUCAGCUCGUAUAAUUAUAGUGAUGAAUCAGGAGCUUGUAUCUCAGAAAAAGUGUCAUAGUUCUGGUUAUUGAGAGGAAAAAUGAUAUUUUGGCAAGAGGAAUAACAGCCAUUUGGUUUUUAAAUUUUCA